AUGGCAUCACAUCAGGAGCUCAGGGUUGGGCUCUGCUACUGGAAGAUUGAACACAGCAGUGGCUGUAGCCAGGUCCACCUUGACAUAGUGAUUGAAUUUGUAUUCCCUGGCUUUUCUCACUUGCGGGAAGGUGGGCUCUUGUUUUUUGUUCUCUUGCUCCUUAUUUAUCUAUUCAUUAUCAUUGGGAAUCUUAUGGUUUUCUUUGCUGUCAGACUGGACUCCUGCCUGCACACCCCCAUGUAUUUCUUCAUCAGUGUCCUCUCCUUCCUGGAGAUCUGGUAUACCACGACCACCAUCCCCAAGAUGCUCUCCAACCUAGUCAGAGAGCAGAAGACCAUCUCCCUGGCUGGUUGCCUCUUGCAUAUGUAUUUCUUUCACUCCCUUGGCAUCACUGAGGUUUGCUUGCUCACCACUAUGGCUAUGGACAGAUACCUGGCCAUCUGUAACCACCCCCCCACACACCCCCGCCCCCGCUAUGCCACAAUCAUGACACCUCAGCUCUACACUCAGCUGACUCUAGGCUGUUGCUUCUGUGGCUUUUUCACGCCACUCCCUGAGAUUGCUUGGAUAGCCACACUGCCAUUUUGUGGUCCAAACCAAAUUCAGAACAUCUGUGACUUUGUUCCCAUCCUGAAUCUGGCAUGUAUGGACACUGGCACAAUUAUAUUAAUCAAUAUAAUGGACAUCGUACAUGCUGUGGAAAUCAUCACAGCCGUAAUGCUUGUGGCUUUGGCUUACAUCCAGAUCAUUGCAGUAAUUCUAAGAAUCCGCUUUGCUGAAGGACGCCGAAAGGCAUUUUCUACCUGUGCUUCCCACCUUGCUAUUUUCUUAAUAUUUUUUGGAAGCGUAGCUCUGAUGUACCUGUGCUUCUCUGCCAAGUACUCCUUUUUCUGGGACACAGCCAUCAGCCUAAUGUUUGCUGUGCUGUCGCCAUUCUUCAACCCAAUUAUCUACAGUCUCAGGAACAAAGAGAUCAAGGAAGCCAUAAAAAAGCAUAUGUGCCAAUCUACUAUAUUCACGCAUCAUAUCAAAAAAGACAAAAACUACACUUCUUAA